AUGGGACCAGAAGAUUCAUACAUGAUGCAAAACAAAGGAUAUAUUAAAGAAUUAUUUGAAAGUUAUUUUUCAACUACUAAUACAACUUCUUUACCAAGUCUGAAUACAAAAACCUUGGAAAAACUCAAAAAGAAUCAUGAUGAUAAAAUGAAUAUUAUUAAUGAUGGAACUACAAGAGCGAUAAGUGAAAUGUUGGUUGUUAAAAAAAAUAUGAUACAAAUGAUAAUUAUGAAUUAUAAUAA